UAGGCGGAAUUUUACAGUACUGCCUUUGAUGAUGAGCUUUUUUUCUUUCUUUUUUCUAUGUUUGCUUCUUAUUACUAUUGUUUACAUUCCACUUUCACACAUUUACACGGAAGUAGUCCAUGUCUUAAUAGCCUGCACGUAUUCUCAAUUGCUUGAAAUAGAGAUAAUAUUCCAGUUUUCUGAGAAUAGUAAAUACCCUGUAAGUACAUUUCAGAAGGCCUACAAAUGAACAAAAAAUGUAUUAAUUUGCCUGAUGAUCUAAACUGCGAGUAAUCCGCGAGGGCCCGCCCACUCCCAGCCACAGGCGAGACGAGGCGAACACAAUCCAGCUGUUUCCGCAGCUACAAUGACGGCCAACACCAGGUACAAGAGUCGGAUGAUUAAAUCAGAGGAUGGAGAGGAUAAAGAGUAUGUGGGCUUUGCCACGCUACCCAACCAGGUCCACAGGAAGUCUGUGAAGAAGGGCUUUGACUUCACCCUGAUGGUGGCAGGAGAGUCUGGCUUGGGAAAGUCUACUCUGGUGAACAGUCUGUUUCUCACGGACCUCCAUAAGGACAGGAAGCUACUGAAUGCUGAAGAGCGGAUUAACCAGACAGUGGAAAUCACCAAGCACACAGUGGACAUCGAGGAGAAGGGGGUGAAGCUCAAACUGACCAUCGUGGACACCCCUGGCUAUGGGGACGCCGUCAACAACACAGAAUGCUGGAAGACCAUCACUGACUACAUCGACCAGCAGUUUGAACAGUACUUCCGAGACGAGAGUGGGCUAAACAGGAAGAACAUCCAGGACAACCGCGUCCACUGUUGCCUCUACUUCAUCCCCCCCUUUGGACAUGGUCUGCGUCCGGUGGAUGUGGAGUUCAUGAAGGCCCUGCACAACAAGGUCAACGUGGUGCCCCUCAUCGCCAAGGCCGACUGCCUGACGCCAGCUGAGAUACGGAAGAUGAAGGACAGGGUGAGGGAGGAAAUUGAGAAUUUUGGGAUCAAGGUGUACCAGUUCCCUGACUGUGAUUCUGACGAGGACGAGGAGUUUAAGCAGCAGGACCGGGAACUCAAGGAGAGCACUCCAUUUGCAGUGAUCGGCAGCAACACUGUGGUGGAGGCCAGAGGCCAGAGGAUCCGAGGCAGACUCUACCCUUGGGGCAUUGUUGAGGUGGAGAACCAGUCACAUUGUGACUUUGUGAAGCUGCGUAACAUGCUGAUCCGUACACACAUGCACGACCUGAAGGACAUCACCUGUGACAUGCACUAUGAAAACUACAGAGCCCAGUGCAUUCAGCAAAUGACAAGUAAAAUGACGCAGGAUAACCGCGUGGAGAGUCCCAUCCCCAUUCUCCCUCUGUCUACUCCUGACGUGGAGACGGAGAAGCUGAUCAAGAUGAAGGACGAGGAGCUGAGGAGGAUGCAGGAGAUGUUGCAGAAGAUGCAGCAACAGAUGCACGAGCAGGACCUGUGAGAAGAC